AUCGGACGGCUGCACCACAUAUGAAUGUGGAUUUGGAGGGAGCAUGCACGCGGGAGGAGCAGCGAUGGAUCGCUCUAGGGCGGCGGCGGCGUGCCAUCGCUUGCAGACCAAGAACAUGGAUCUGGAUCCGCGCAGCGCUCCAGAUCUCCAAUUCGUCGCAAGAAUCGCAGGGGUUUUAGGUCGGCAGCUCUAGGGUUUUCUGCCUCUUGUGGUUCUUCUUCCGGGCGGGCAUGGCACAGCGAUGAUGGUUGCGGCCACGCUGGAGCUGGAAAAUGAGAGAGAUCCUUUGGCGCUCGCAGAGAAGAGCAAUGUGGGCGUGUCAAGAAAGCCGCGGAAUAGGGAAGUCUCAUCCAGGUACAAGAUCGCUGGAUCGGGAGGAGGAGUAGCGGCGGCAGCGCCUCCUCCUCCCCCUCCUCCUCCAACGGUUCGCAGAUUUCCAUCCCCAAAUGUCGGCCGCCUUGGCGACGCUCCUGCCGCUCCAGCUCCUCUCGAUCUUCCUCCCAAGCGCGCCAUCUCGGCCGAGCGCAAGCGCAAUGGCGAUGACAAGCGCGGUGCUGCCAAGGAGGUGUGGUCUUCCUGCCAGAAUAUCGUCACAGGGAGCUCCCAGGGCGCGAUUCUCUGCGAUGACAAGGCGAAGAUUGAUCACGCCCUCAAGCCCGCGGCAAAUCGGCCCCGCGUGGCAACGCCGGAGAGGAAGAGGAGCCGCCAGGGCGCGGAUCAAGCGGAGAAUGCCAGGCCGAUCGAGAAUGUGGGCGGCGGCAAGCUCGAAUCGCAGAGAUGGAGCGGGACGGCGAAUGGGAAAUCCAUCAGCCGGAGCUUGGAUCUAAGCAUGGGUCGAGCGUCGAGCAUAGGGACCAAAGGGAAUCGCUACCUCGUUCCAGCGCGGAGCUUCAAUCAGCUCACAGGGAAGCUCCUAGAGCCGACGAAGAAACCAUCCAAGCCGGCGGAUUCCUCUUCUCUGGGCGACGAGACUAAGAUCGAUACAAGGUGCGUGAGAAGCGUUCCGGACGACGCGGAUCUGGCAAGCUGCGACUCGGACGCUGGCGACAGCGUCAAGAGUUCUUUGGAUUCUCAGAGGAGCUCUGUCGACAGCGAGAAGAGCUCCUCUAGGCCGAGCAAGGCCGCGAGAGGAACUGUGGUGCCGGCGAGGUUCUGGCAAGACUUGGGGAGUAGGAUUCGAAGGCUCUCGGACGUGAACCAGCUGAGAUCAUCGAUGCCCGAAGGAGAGUUUCUGGGAUCCAAGACGAGCAACCGAAGAUCAAACAAGAGUGGGAAUGCCAGCGGCGGCAAUUCAGCUCCAUCUUCGACUGCGAGUACUCCAGCGCCGAGUCAGGCACCGUCUUGGGUAUACUCUCCUGUGCGUGCUGUUUCAUCCACAGUAGCACCACAGCCAUCGCCGCCACCUUCGUCUCCUUCCAAAGUUUCAUCUCCUUCGCGAGGUUUGCCGAGUCCGACAAGAACGAGAGCCCUGCCUAGUGGUGUCGCUGCUGGUUUUUAUCAAGGAGUUCGUCCGGGUAGUGUGGCGUGCAUGCUCAACUUCGGGAAUGAUAGCUCGACUGGUCGAAGGGCAAUGAGUCAACAGGACGAGGCACUGUGUCUCCGGAUUCUCCACAAUCGAUGGUUGCAGUGGCGAUACGUGAAUGCUCGUUCACAGGCGACGUUGAGCGCUCAGAAGGCCACUGGAGAACGAAUGUUGUACAACGCUUCGUUGCAAAUUUCUGAUUUGCAAAGCCGGGUAGCGGAGAAGCGCAUCAGAUUGCAAAAAGCAAAGCAGGACUUGAAAGUUCGUGCGGUGAUUGCGGCUCAUGGUGAGCAUUUGGACGAAUGGGAAGAGCUAGAGCCCGAGCAUGCGAUUGCUCUGUCUGGAUUCAUUGCAGCCUUGGAAGCUGCAACCUUGAAAGUUCCGGUUACUGGCGGAGCAAAGGUUGACAUUCCAGCGCUUCAAAAUGCAUUGACUUUACUGGGCGAUGCAAUGGUACCACUAGAAUCGACGACACGAGAGUUGCUCCCCAGGGCUGAGAAGACGAACGAGGUUGUUUGUCAGCUGGCUCAUGUAUCAUCGCAAGGCAAGGCACUUCUCCAGGAAUGUGGAGAGAUCUUAGAUAGGAUAGCGACAUUGGAGAUCGAAGAGCGGAGCUUGAGAAGCUACGUUGUUCAAUUGGACAACGAGAAGAAACGCACGACGACGGCUAGAAAGUGAAAAAAAGAAAGGGCAAUGACGAGCCAAGUAAAAAGAUUUGUUCCUUCGUUUUAAUUAUUAUAAGGCGGGUGAUGAUGAUCGAGAUCCAUCCAAUCCAGGCCAAAUGUAAAAUAUAGUUACCCCAUUUCAUUC